GGCUGCGUGGGCCAAGGUCUCAAUAUAGAUUUGGUUCAACAUCAUGAGCACGUCGGCCGAUCUGGAGGUGGAGGACGCUUUGGCAGAAGCUCCGGUCGCGCAGCAGGACAGCCGCUACUUCUCGGAGGAGACAUUCGAGUCCCUCCCGCUGUCUGAACCCACCCAGCGCGUGUUGAAGGAGCUCAACUUUGUCAAGAUGACCAAGAUUCAAGCCAAGUCGAUCCGGCCGCUGUUGUGCGGCAGCGACUUGCUGGGUGCGGCCAAGACAGGUAGCGGAAAGACGUUGAGUUUCCUGAUCCCGGCGGUGGAACUCUUGUACAAGGUCAAAUUCACGGCGCGCAAGGGAACGGGGUGUAUGGUGAUCUCGCCGACGCGCGAGUUGGCGUUGCAGAUCUACGGCGUUGUCAAGGAAAUCACCAAGUACCACACGCAAACCCACGGCAUUGUGAUGGGCGGCGCGAACCGUCGUGCGGAAGCCGAGCGACUCGUCAAGGGCGUCAACAUCUUGAUCGCGACGCCCGGGCGAUUGCUCGACCACUUGCAAAACACCAAGGGGUUUAUCUACCACAACCUGCUCACGUUCGUGAUUGACGAAGCCGAUCGCAUUCUGUCGAUUGGUUUCGAAGAAGAAAUGCGCCAGAUCAUCAAGUGCAUCCCGAAGACGCGGCAAACGAUGUUGUUUAGUGCAACGCAGACAAAAAAGGUCGAAGACUUGAUCAAGGUAUCGAUGCAAGGCACUCCCGUCUACGUCGGCGUCGAAGAUGACGCGAACUCGGAAGCCACCGUGCAGACGCUCGAGCAGGGCUAUGUCGUGACGCCGAGCGACAAGCGCUUCCUCCUUCUCUUCACAUUCCUCAAGAAAAAUCUCAACAAGAAGGUCAUGGUGUUCUUUUCAUCGUGCAAUGCUGUCAAGUUUUACGGCGAGCUGCUCAACUACAUCGACGUGCCGGUCCUGGAUAUCCACGGCAAGCAAAAGCAGAACAAGCGCACGACGACGUUUUUCCAGUUUUGCAGCGCCAAGAGCGGCAUCCUGCUCUGCACGGACGUGGCCGCGCGCGGGUUGGACAUCCCGGCCGUAGACUGGAUCAUCCAGUUCGAUCCGCCGGAUGAUCCGAAGGAAUAUAUCCAUCGCGUCGGGCGAACGGCGCGUGGCGCGACCGGCGCCGGCAAAGCGCUGCUCAUGCUGCUGCCCGAGGAACUCGGUUUCCUCAAGUACCUCAAGGCGGCCAAGGUGGGCCUGUCCGAGUACGACUUUCCGUCCAAGAAGAUCGCGCAAGUCGAAGCGCAGCUCAUGAAGCUUGUCGAGAAGACGUACUACCUGCACAAGUCGGCCAAAGAAGCGUACCGGAGUUAUCUCCUCGCGUAUGCCUCGCACGGCCUCAAAAACAUCUUUGACGUCGGGACGUUGGACCUGCAAGCCGUCGCGAAAUCCUUUGGACUUACCGUGCCGCCCAAGGUGACGCUGCCGGUCAAAACCGCUGGGAAGGACGGUAAGCGCAAGCGAGAAGAUCGCGGUCGAUAUGACAAGAGCGGCCACCAGUUCAGCGCUGAAAACCCAUACGGGAAGCGUGCCAAGAACGACACGCGGCAGUUCGCCCAUUAGAUUUCCUUGCCCCCGUAAACUCUUGUUCCUCCUAAUUAACAGUUUUCGUCAUGGGGUUGG